AUGAAGGGAGCCCACAGAGAACUGUGUGGAAGUGCUAAGCUGACCAACGCCCUCAAUGGGACGAGGUACUGUCCUCCGAUACCACAGGGAGAGGAGGAAAGGAAGUUGGACCCUUUUAAUGGUAUGUUGGCACCAGUUAGUCUACGGAAGCACUUUGGCAAGGGUCAUCCCGACUUCUCGACCUCAUCACAGCAGGAUGCAGCGGAAUAUCUACUUUAUUUCCUGGACAAGUUGGAUCGAGCGGAACAAGCUUCAACGAGCUCGGCAUCCUUCCAUGAUGACGACUUUACUCUCAGUAGUGAUGAAUUUGGUUAUGUUGUAGAGGACCGGUUAGAGUGUACUAAGUCUGGGACUGUGAGAUACUCAAGACGGCGGGAGAAUCUAUUCCCCUUGGUAGUGAGCAUGGAUGAUGCUGUUGGUGACCAUGGAUCGGGGACCAAUGAAGGGGAGGCUAAGAGGUUGAAGACUGAUGAUGAUAAAGAGGAGGAGGAAGGGUCGCCGCCUCCUCCAGUGGUGCCCUUUGAGGCCUGUUUGAAGAGGACCAUGGCCCCUGCUAAUGUGGAGGGUUUCCGCAGUCCGGCUUUG